UCAAACUUCCACAAGCACUUCUGAAUCCCAGGUCUCACUACACAAAGAAAACCAACCCUCGAGAUCGCCCAACCCAGCCAAUCCACCUACAAAUCCCCCGAGAAAAUCGAACCAAGAUGGCGCCCACCGCCCCGACAAAGACCCUCUCGGCCCGCGAGAAGCGCAUGGCCCGAAUCCGCGGCGAUAUUCACCCCCUCGCGCCGCACAAGACGCUCCGUCCCGAGGCCCAGGUCGACGAUGGCUUCCUGACCAACAAGAAGGACAAGCGGACGAUGAAGCACAGCGCCUUCGUCAGCAAGGUGGAAAAGGCCAACAAGAAGCCCCUCAAGCGCCGCCGCCCGAACAAGAAGCUCGUCACAACCAUGGAGUCCCUCGCCGACGCCCUCCCUGAGCUCGAAGAGGGUGCACAGACGCUGGAGCAGCUCCGCGAGGGCAAAGUGCGUCACAAGAGCUUGAAGAGCAGGCCCGGCGCGCUCAAGCGCAAGGAGAAGAUCGUCAGAGCCGAAAUGCAGCGCUUCGGCGCCAGCAUGGCCGCGCUGGCCUCAGUUCCGGCUGCUUCUGCUUCUGCUACAGCUGCCGGUGCGAUGGCCGUAGAGAAUCCGGCCGCGGAGGCAGGGGCUGAAUCGGCGGCGUCUGAUGCGACGGCGAGCAGGUGGGCCGCGCUGAGGAAGCACAUCUCGAGCACCAUGGAACAGAACCCUGCUUUCAGCAAAUAAGCCAUUACCCAGCGCAGAUUCCAAACCGAGGUUGCUGGAAGUGAUGGUUGCCGUGUCUACGUGCCAUC